CCAUCCGGCGGCUCCGGGGCAGGGGGCAGGGGAAGGGAUUUUUCCUCUUUGCCGGGGUCCGGCCCCCGCCGGUGCCCGCGGCCGAGCUCCGGUAGAGCGGGGCUGGGGACUCUCCGGUGGCUGCUGCGGGGCUGGGCGCGGGGGCCGCGGCCCUUCCCCGGGCGGGUGCAUUCCCCACCAGCUCCCCCCACCUGUCCCCAUGGAGUGAGCCCACGUGGGGGUCUCAGCACCGGGGCGGCCCCCCCCGGCAGCCAGCCCAGCAGGGAGGGAGCCUGGACGCUGCCAACAUGAGCGACUUCUGGCACAAGCUGGGCUGCUGCGUGGUGGAGAAGCCACAGCCUAAAAAGAGGAGGAGACGGAUCGACCGCUCCAUGAUCGGGGAGCCCAUGAACUUCGUCCACCUGACGCACAUCGGCUCCGGCGACAUGGCCGCGGGCGAAGGGCUGCCCAUGACUGGCGCCGUGCAGGAGAUGAGGUCCAAGGGCGGACGGGAGCGACAGUGGAGCAGCUCCCGGGUCUUGUAGCGUGUGAGUACCCGGCCGUGGCCGCCCCGCGCACCCACCGGCCCCUUCCGGGGCACCACCGCCAAUUAACACGCCCAAACGAGCCUCCGCUUGCGCCGGCCCGUCACCCGCCCGCUCGGACUUCGCAGAUUCCUGGCUUUUUCAGCCCAAACUUGAACUGCCUGAACCCCCAACCGGAGGAGAAGCGACCUCAAGUGUUUGAACCCCGCCGUAAUUUAUGCAGCACCAUCCUCACCCGGCUCCUGGUGCCUUUUGGUCGCGUCCCCCCUGGCAAAUCCCUCCUUCCCGGAGGCAUCAGGGAGGGAGCGGGGCCGGCAGCUCCCACGGGGAUUUCAGCCUUCAGGACGCGGGAACACUCUGGGAGCUGCCGGGCACAACCCAGAUGUGCCAAAUCCUCCCGGUUUUCCCUUUUUCCACCCUGCCCACCUCCCACCGGCCCCUCCCCGCGGUGCCUUGGUUUUCCCAGGGGAUCUCGGCGAGGCGGGUCCUGGUGAGGAGGCUGAUUCGGUGCCUUCCCGGGAAGCCGUAGAAGAGCAAAACUGGGAUUAAACCCCGACGCUUUGGUGCAAAAACCGGGAUGAAGCCCCGAGGCUUCCGUGUGUCACCAGCAGCGGCUCCGCCCCGGCAGCUCCACCGCCGGGACCUGCCCCCUUCCCUCUUUUUUUAGGAUGUUUUUUUUUUUUUCCUUAUUUUUUUUUAAGCUCAACAAGCCACCUGGGCAGCCUCCUCCGCCGCCCCGGGUGAGAGGGGGGUGUGUGUGUGUUGGGGGGUGUUCUCUUCCACCCGGGAUCACCACCGGGAUGUCACCGGCACCGGCCGAGGCAGGACGGGGCCCGGUCCUGGGAAGGAACUCGGGCUCCCGAAUUCGGGCGCGGGUGUAUAUAGUUGAAAUUGCGCCGGGAUUAAACAUUAAAUGGGC